AUGGGGAUCGACCACAAUGCCCAAUGUGAUCAGGCGCUAAGGAUGAUGCCAGAAAUGAUCGGAACUCAUCGUAACGGUCUAUUCAGAGCCAAUCGAUCGCAAUGCUCGUCCUACCAAGCUUUUCUCGUUCCCGAUAUGUCGCAGAUAAAGGGCCUGGAGUUAUUAGUAGUAGCUGCUGGAUUGAGCCGUAUGAAGGAGCUGAUUGAGUCAAACGCGAUCUCCCGUGUUGCAGAAGUGAGGACGUUGAAGACCAUGGAGGCCGCUGAUUGGCUUGGGUUUCCUCAAGAGCGCUCCGUCGUGCAGAACCAAUACAGACAUCUACUGACAUUGGGUGUAGAGGCGCCGCGAUGGGGAUCGAUGAAACACGGGCGCCCCGCUUUCUCUAGCCUGAGCAAACAAAGCGCGCUGACAAGACUGAAUUCCCAGGCAAGCUAG